AUGGCCUCCUCGCCAGCUAGUAGUAACACAUCCGCAUCAGCGUCGCCAUCAGUAGCACGCCACCGCAACAGUGAUUUCUACCUCGACACCAAGGUCUUUCUCGUUGAAGAUGAGCUCUUCCGUAUUCCCACCAAAUACUUCGCAGAAAACUCGGGCGUGUUUAGGGAUAUGCUACGUCUGCCACAGACAGAAGAGAGCGCAGAGGGUAUCACAGACGAGAAGCCGAUUGUGUUAGAGGGAAUAAAGAAGGCAGACUUUGGAGCAUUAUUGAAAGUGAUCUUCCAUUUCGGCCCUCUAUCUAAGUUCACAGACCAGGGCCAUGGCUUAGCAGAUGGACAAUGGUUAUCGGUGUUAUCAUUGUCCAAUAUGUGGGAGUUGACGGAGACCCGGGAUGCGGCCAUCACAGCACUCGCCCAAAUCAUGAAAGCGCUAGAUUUGAGGGAGAUCGAGUGGGUACUUCGUGGGCGAAGCUAUCUGGUGCCAGAAUGGGUAGAGCAUGGGUAUUGUCGGCUGGCAAUGAGGUAUAAGUUGCCAGUGAGUGUGAAGGAGGCGGAGGAGCUGGGAGUAGAGUCUGCACUAAGGUUGGCGGGAAUUCAAGGGAGGGUUUACUCAAGAUACAACCCAUUAAAAGGAUUACUAUGGGGCCGGGCGGAGGGCGCAGAGAUUGCUAAGGCAGUGAUUGAGGAUGUGCGGUCGGUGUUUGCAAAGGAGCUCCAGGAUGUGACUUACAGCACUCGAUCAACUGAGAGCACAGCAUCAACACCCAUCUCUGGCAAGGACGAACUCAAUUUGGAGGUGCCAAUGUUAUGA